UUGUUAGAGCUACCACUGAGAUAUGAACACAUUUCUCCUCUAAUUUGGACAAUGCCACAACACACUCGGAGAUAUUUCGCUGGUUAUUUGGAUUUUGAUGGCCACACAUUUAAGGCAACGCCUCGCUUCCAUCCGUCUCUGGGACCGGGUCGAAUCGAGAGAGACUAAGAAACGGGGGGUCGACCGGGUUCCGCGGCCAAUAGCUCGCAUCGCCCAUCUCCUGACCGGACCGGGCCUGACCUUUUAAUUGGAGCCCGACCGCCCAAACCCCGUCACCGUUGUCCCCUCCGGGAGGUCACCCGACCCCCCUCCCGUUCCGUCCUAGAGAUUCUGGAACCUUCUUCGCUCCAAGGAAGCAGGAGGAGGACAUCUGGAUCGACGACGAUGACAGCCAGCCUCCCGUGAUUUGAUCGGAUGGCACGGGUUAACGCGCAUCGCAGGCUUCUGCCCUCGUCCUCGCCGGUGACGCCGAGGGCUGGGGUCGCCCCGUCGGCGGCGGGCAUCCCGGUGGCCCCCAACCGGAAGCACCCGGUGAUCCUGAAGCAGACGACGCGUCCGGGGGCGCGGUGCGCGGAGGUGGCCGGGGGCACGGCGGCGGACUGCGUCGCCGUGUGCUGCUUGGGUCCCUGCUUGGUGGUGAACCUCCUGGUGCUGACUGCGGUACGGCUGCCUGCGGUGGCCUGCCGCCGGGCGCUGCGGGCUCGGGAGAAGCGGAGGCAGAGGGCCAGGAAGCGGAAGGAGACGGCGCUGCUGGGGCCGAAGGCCGGUUUCGGAGGGGACGGGUCUUCCUCCGACGCGCAGGAGGACUCGAACGGAGACGUGGAUGGGCUUCGCCGGGAGGCUGGGCCAUCGCCGGUGGAGUUGGAGAGGGAGAUGUUGGCGCAGUUCCAAGGCAUGGGGUUUUGGCGGAGCCCGUCCAACGGCGACCGGGCGCCGACUUAUGAUGACGGCGCCUGUAACGUCAGCCAACGGUGACGGUGUAACGAUUAUUUCGACGGUUUCCGUCUCUGUUUCACUUUGCCGUCAAUGCUCCGUUAGGCUGCAGCGAACUGGGCCAGGUGGUGGUGAUUAUUUAUUAUUCUCUAUCUUUUCAUUGAAGGAUUAAAUGGAUGUAAAAUAUCACAAACAUGGUAUUUAUAUAUUCGGAUUAAAUGUGCCAAAAAGAAGAUGGAAAUGGGUUUGAUGGUGUUAA